UCCGAGACACCUAAACUGCUAAAAUUCUUUAAAAAAUUAAAUUGGGUCCAAUUAUGCACUGUUUUCUCCACUACCCACAUGACCAAAAAUUCUAUGGUUAGAUACCCAAGUGGUGAAAAUGUCAAAAUCCAGCCUGAUAAUGAGGCAUGAAAUCUAUGUGUGAAUUUCUAGUGUUUUUGUUUUUGGAUGUUGGUUUUCUUUGUUUUUUUGGAAAAUUGUGUAUGAUAAUGUAUAACGUGUGGAUCAUCAUCCCGGAGCCCUAAUGUCUACAGUUUGUGCGUUGCAAUGGAUAUGCAUGAGAGAAUAAAAUUGCAGUUCCCAGAUGAUGGGUUCUUCUCCCUCCUCCGGGCAGCAAUGAAUGGCUUCAAGGAAAUGAGUUGAUCUUGUGAACAGAAGAAACCGGAGGGCCAGGACUCCUUAUACGUACUGGAUUCAUGCACUCAGGUAAAAUGACUGUACAAGUGGAUAUGGGUAUUAGACGGUUGCAUACAUUACCAGUCCUAUGUGGUAAAGUCGACUGGGCAUCAGACCUGAAGCACCCCGAGUUCACAUUAGCAUCUGAGAUGGUGCAUUUGAAUGGAAUGCAUAAACUUAAAUAUACUAGUCUGCGGGAUAUCAUUCCUUGUUCUCCAACAAAUUUAGCAUCUCCUCGCAGGGAACCUAAUUGGUGUACUAAUGUAUCCAUAAGAAACAAUUUAGUCAAGCAUGCAGCCCUUGCAUAUCUUCAGCCAAUGGUAACUGAGAACAACAAUGAUGAUGAUUUUUUUGUCAGGUGUUUGCCAGUUUUCUCAAACAAUGGACUGUUUUCUUCGAGCUUCAAGGACUACAUUUUGACUCCAAUUGAUGCUUGUAUUGGCUUUUUCACGACCCAAAUUGUCUCAAAUUUGAUUGACACUUUCGACUAUCUUGCGGGACAGUUUGGAAGAAUAUUUCGACCCAGAGCAUCAAAGAAAUAAACACUCUGGAGCUGAUGAUUUGGUUGUUUGCAAAUUACAUCAUUCAAAGUCUUUAGAAGAGAACUGGCUAAGAUCAGUAAUGCCAAGCCAUGAUUCCAUGAAAUUUUGCACCUUAUGUACAGUAUUUGUGUGUCUAAAUAAUGUGUCUUCUGCUUCCAUGCAUCUUAUUUGAGAAUCUUCCCUCUCAGAUGAGGUGGAUUUCAGUGUAUUUAGUCUCUUUUUCUGUAAGAAAGAUCAAUGUUAUCUUCUCAUGACGCACUGUUUAUAAAAUAUUUUUGUACCUGCCGAGUGUGAUUCACAUUCCAGGGAAAUUUGUUUUGUUGCAGGAAUUUUGCAAUAAAUGUAAUGGAUUGUCCCUGAGCCUCAA